CGCUCGGCGGCUGCGAACAUGGCCGAAGUCGGGGAGGACAGCAGCGGGGCGCGGGCUCUGCUGGCGCUGCGCUCGGCGCCCUGCAGCCCCGCCGCGCCGCCGCCGCCACCGCCGCCCCCCGCCGCCGCGGGGCCCGUGCUGGCGCGGCUGCAGGGCCGCGAGUUCGAGUUCCUGAUGCGGCAGCCGGCCGUCACCAUAGGCCGCAACUCCUCGCAGGGCUCGGUGGACGUCAACAUGGGGCACUCCAGCUUCAUCUCCCGGCGGCACCUGCAGCUCAGCUUCCAGGAGCCGCACUUCUACCUGCGCUGCCUCGGGAAGAACGGGGUGUUCGUGGACGGCGCCUUCCAGCGCCGCGGAGGCCCGGCCCUGCAGCUGCCGCCGCAAUGUACUUUCCGAUUCCCUAGCACUGUUAUAAAGAUCCAGUUCACCUCUUUAUACCAUAAAGAGGAAGCCUCAUCGCCUCCCCUUCGGCCACUUUACCCUCAAAUAUCGCCUCUGAAGAUUCACAUCCCGGAGCCGGAUCUCCGGAGCGUGGUCAGUCCCCUACCGUCCCCCACAGGCACUAUCAGUGUUCCCAACUCUUGCCCGGCCAGUCCACGUGGUGCUGGAUCCUCAGGAUAUCGUUUUGUUCACAACAUUACCUCGGAUCUGCAGCUGGCAGCAGAGUACGCCGCAAAAGCAGCAUCAGAACAGCAGGCAGAUGCAUCUGGCGGGGACAGCCCAAAGGAUGAGUCCAAGCCACCCUAUUCUUAUGCGCAGCUAAUUGUGCAGGCUAUAUCUUCAGCACAAGACAGGCAAUUAACACUAAGUGGGAUCUAUGCCCACAUUACCAAGCAUUAUCCAUAUUACAGGACUGCUGACAAAGGCUGGCAGAAUUCCAUUCGGCACAACCUCUCCUUGAACCGUUACUUUAUUAAAGUCCCACGCUCCCAGGAGGAGCCUGGAAAGGGCUCCUUUUGGCGAAUUGACCCUGCCUCUGAAGCCAAACUAGUAGAGCAAGCGUUCAGAAAACGAAGGCAAAGAGGAGUGUCCUGCUUCCGAACACCUUUUGGGCCUCUUUCCUCCAGGAGUGCUCCUGCCUCCCCUACCCAUCCUGGCCUGCUGUCCCCUCGCUCUAGUGGGCUACAGACUCCGGAGUGCCUGUCACGGGAGGGCUCACCCAUUCCACACGAUCAUGACUUUGGGUCAAAGUUAGCCUCAGUUCCAGAGUAUCGGUAUUCACAGAGUGCACCUGGAUCUCCAGUCAGUGCCCAGCCAGUGAUUAUGGCUGUUCCUCCCCGACCAUCCACUCUAGUGGCAAAGCCAGUCGCGUACAUGCCAGCAUCAAUAAUGACUUCUCAACAGCCUUCGUGUCAUGCAAUUCACGUAGUUCAGCAAGCUCCCACUGUUACAAUGGUCCGAGUUGUGACCUCCUCUGCAAACUCUGCAAAUGGAUACAUCCUCACAAAUCAGGGCACAGCAGGAGGAGAAGCUGCGGGAACAGUGUUGGACUUAGCUGGUGACCACCGAGCAGGCAUAGAUGAAAAGCCAACGAUCGCAUUUGCCACAAUACCUACAGCCAGUCGUGUUAUUCAGACAGUCGCCAGUCAGAUGGCACAGGGUGUUCCAGGACAGACGGUCACGAUCCUUCAGCAGGCAGCUCCAGUCGCCAUUGGACAGCAUCAGCUCCCCGUGCGUGCAGUCACACAGAACGGGAAACAUGCCGUCCCCACCAACAGCAUCACCGGCAGCGCUUAUGCGCUUACAAAUCCCUUGCAGCUCCUUGCAGCCCAGGCCAGCUCAUCCACUCCUGUUGUCGUCAGCCGAGUGUGUGAGACAGGGACCGAAGAGACAGCAGCAGCCUCCUCCAGUGAACCUGAAGUUAAAAGACCCCGGAUAGAAGAGUCCAGUGGAGCAGUCCCAGCCCAAACUGGAGUCAUCACAUCUGCAAUGCCACAAGGACAGGCAACCAGUGAAUGAAGAACCGGUGGGACGAGCUGGAGUGUUGCGGGGUGGGCAUGGGAUGGCAGGAGCCCUAAAGCAGCUUUCAAAGAAAACAAACCGCAACUGUUAACAGCUCAAAACAUAGCGGAUAAAGAGCUCUUUUUAAAGUCAGGUUUAUAAAUGGGAGGUCAACAGCUGUUAGAAUCACAAGGUGCCAAAAAGAAUGGAAAACCCCUCCCAAGAACGCAUACCUGGAACUCUGUUCUGUCUUUACCUAUGGGAUUUUUUUUUCCUUUUUUUUAAAAAAAAAAGAUUCAAAAAAAAAAAUACAGACAACUGAUUGUAUGACUGCUGGGAUAUUUUUAACUGUCUUUCCCCUUUUGGCUCCAAGGGGAUGGGAUUUGCAGUUCAGCAUCUAAAGGAAUGUAACACAAAUACAGUCUGCUCCCUGGAAAGAAAACUCCUCAUUUUCUAUGCCUUAAUACUGUGCUUUUCAGAGGUUUGAACCAUAGGACCAUUUUAAAAAGGCCACCUAAGGUAAUCAAAUGCUGAAAGAUGGGUGCAGUAUCUCACAACAACAGCAUUAAAGAAACAUGGUACCAAGCUUAAAGAAAAAAAGGCAAAAUAUUUUGGUUUUUAAAACAAAAAUUCUGAAUAUGAACGAAUGUUUAUUUAUGUGGAGAUUCGGGAGGAAGAGUUACAGGGCUCAACCACCUGGAUUUCCAGAUGCAAUUUCUCUCCAUUCCCUCUGAGGGAGAAUAAGAGGAACUGUGUUAAUUUGGUUCCUGUAAAGAUGUUAAAAACAAAGAGGUUUGUACCUUCAGUGAUUUCUUACUAUUAUUCAUCAUUUGCUCUGGACAACAGCCAAAGUAUCUUGGUGACUGAGGAUCGCAUGGGGAAGGAUGUCUCCAAAAGGUUCUGUGUGCAUUUGAUUGAUCACAUCCUGUGCUGGAGCACCAGAUUUUGUUCAAAAUAACACUGUAGGUGAAGACAUUGCUACUGUCUUUGGGGGCUUGAAAAUAUUGGUUGUUCUUCUGCACUAAAGCAGCUUGCCUUCACCUCCUGUUGGUAGUGUAGUCCAAACAGAGGGAUGAUGGUGAGGAGUCCACGGCUGGGUAGGAGUCUGUCACUGACCCUCUGCUGCUGCUAAUAGCAAAGCUCCGCAUUGUUCUACUGAGAGGGAAGUCAAGAGCUGGGCUGAGGGGCAGCAGCGUUCAAACAAUGUUCAAUACAAAUUCUGUAACAGUGUAGAGACCAAGGCAAAAGAGGCCUUUGAUUUUCCACGUGGCAAAAGUCACUGGAGGUCUUGAACAGGUUUUCCAAAAGGAAUUUGGAGGUUUGCUUUCAUUGCCCGGCUCCCUCUCCCAUCUCUCCUCCCUUGAGGACCUUUUGGGUUGGCCAGUAGGCAGAGGGUUUUAUUCAAACUCUGUUCCAGGCUUUUCAUGUACUACAAGUACAUCUUACAAGUUAGCAGAUUUGAGUCACUUCUGCCAUGGGGAGCAGUGAGUGUGUGUGAUGCCUUGUGACUAACAAAGAAAUCAAUCCCUGCAUAGCCUCCAGCUUACCCCUUUGGGUUUAUGCCUGUUUGCCGUUCCCUUGGCGAACGUGUCUUCUGGCAGCACAGCAGAGACCUUUUCAUUUAGAAAUUAUUAUGGCUUUGGUAAUGGCAAAAGAGACUUAAGAGGGAUGGGAUGUGCCUUUGGUAGGUUAUCCCCUACCUGUACUGGUUUAUUGUCUUGUACCAUCUGACACGCAAUCACAGAGCAGAGAGACAAGCCCACCACAUAAACGUGCUGCAGAAGGAUUUCCCCAGCGGGCAGUAAGGGAUACUGUCAGUAUGUCUGUGGGGAUUUAGGGGGUAAGGCACAACCAUACAAUAUCUGCUGGAAUUUCGGGAGGGGAGAGGAAAUAAUCCACAAGGUGACAGCUGGCAUCGCUUGCUCCCUUCUAGGUUUCCUUUCUGUUUGCCAAAUCCUAUUCAAUAGCCAAAUCCCACCACUUGAAUAAAACCCAGCCAUGUUUUAUUCUCAAGCCAAUUGUUUUGUGAGAAAUGUCUCUGAAAGAAAGAAAGAAUUUCUUGGUCUCAUGAUUUGCGGUCACAUUCUGCAGUUAGAGGCACACAAAGCAUUCAGGACAGUUCAUUUGUCUGCGGCUAGGCUUUCAUAAUUUAAGUGUGUGCCUUUAGUGACAAGUUAUUAGAUUGGAUUUUAGUACUUUGAAAUGAUUUUGUGAAGGAGGAUUGUUACAGACCACAAAGUAAUUGAAGCAGGCCAGCCUCCAGCUGUCACUUUUCCUGCUAGGAAGGCUAGGUGUGGCAUAGCGGAAAAGCACAUGGAUUAAGUCUGUGUUUUGUAGCCUUUUCAAAGCCAGAAUUCAAUAAAGUGGACUUCAAGGAAGAAUGCACAAGUGAGAGUGCAGCAUAGUUUAUCUGUGAUUAAUCAUUACUUUUGGGUGACUGCUGGUUUAGAUCCAGGCACGCCUCUGAAACAGCCCCGAAGCUAGGGAAAUUUCCUGAAGCAGAGGAGUCUUUGGGUUUUCAGUAUGUUGGAUGAGUCAGUGCAGGAUGGGAAACCAACAGAAUGCUAUUUAGGAUGUGAAACUGCCAAAGUUUUGUGGCUUUUUCUUUGCUGCUGCUUUUCUCUUGGAAAGUCUGAAUAAUUAGGCCUUAAACUUCUGUAAAGUAGUCCGGCACCGUAGAAAUACAUCACCGAAUGAUGGUGUUUUCAUAGACCAGCUGCUGCUUUAUAGAUCCCUCUUGGAAGUCCAUCCUCAGGUUGCAUGUAUAGAUUUGUCUCCUCAGUAUUCAGAACAGAAUAAUGCUUUCUCAGUCUGCCUUUUGUGGCUCUCACUGCUGACUGGUUAAAAUGCAAGUUGAGGAUAAAUAACUGUCUUUGAUCUGUUCACCCAUUCUGCUUGAGAUGUCUGGAACUUUCAGUUGAUCCUUUCAGGGGAAUUUUGCUUUAUUGCUCUGCUGCAUUGCCCUGCUACUGUAGGAAGCAGCCAUGCCGCUUGAAAAUUAAUUUGUGUUAUUGCAUGAUACUAGGUAAAAUAACAGUUCUUACUAAAUCCUGUCAAGAGCUAUGGAAAAAGGUGAUCCUUGUCUGGAGUGCAAGAGAUAGGGACAUGUUGUUUCAGGCCUCUAGAUUAAAUCUUUCACCAAACCGCUCAGUCUGGAAAACACCACCACUCUUUUUACAUCAGUCCUAUUUCCCCAGGCUAUCAGUUUGCCAUUUUCCUGCAGUGUUCAAAUUAAUGUGGUGGUCAAAUUAAGCUUUCGGAUAGAAAGAAAACGUUACCUUAAUGGUUAUAUGCAGUACUUGGAUUAUUUUAAAUUGGUUGUCUAACUUGCAGCUUUUUAUGCAAAAGAAACCAUCUCAUGUCCUCAAUUAAUUGUAUUAACUGAGAGAGGAGUAGGAGGCCUUGCUGCAUCUUCUGCUGUCUGUAUAAUGAAGGUAAAGACAUGGAGGAUAUUUUGCCUUCUGUAACUUGAACCUGGGAAAACUUUAAAACCAAGUUCUUAAUUUAUUAAUUCACUUCUUGCUGUUCCCUAUAGAUAUUUUUUUUUCAUCUUAGUGACUAGUUAUACUUUGAUUGCAGUUUAUAGCAACUUUCAUCGCCUCAGUUUGCAAAAGCUGAAUACAAUUGUUCUUGGGUUUGUUCCACUGGAAUUCCUUAGUUAUUGCUUUGUCUUGACCUUGGCUCUUGUGAUACAGGAAGGUUUUUACAGUGAGAUCAAUUUCAUCUGAUUUACUGAUACCAUAACACAGUGCCGAGCACAGAAUGGGAGUUCAUGAUUAGCUCAUAUAUUCUUUUCAACUCUUUUUUCUUCCCAUAUCUCUCCCUCCCCUAUACUAUUAACACUGUCCCCUGUAGCAUAUACAGUCAUUUUUAUCCACUGACAGGAGCAGCACCUUGCAUUAAGCUCUGCCCAAGGCCUGAAGGAUGGAAGUACCUCUGGGGUACACGGAGCUCCAGAGAAGGUUGGGAAAGGUCAAUUUGGUCACCCCAUGUUUAAUUUUCAUGCUGUGUUUUAGACAUGUUACUGUUGGGCACAGCUCAUUCACGAGUGUGUUUUCAGAUCUUUGUUAAAGCUUUUUAAGAGGAAAGAAAUAGUUAAAUAACAGCUGAAGCCUUUAUAAUACUACUGCAAUCAAUGCCAUAGUCUUGCUUUAGGGUUUGUGGGGGGGCAAAGCUGAGUUUGCAUGUUGUAGACAUCUGUCUUGUGUACAGAUUUAGAACUAUGAUUAGCAGUUAACCUUCCACGUUUUUUUCCCCUUUUUCAGUAGGGAAACACCAGCAGUAAAAGAAAACUUUGAGCACAGAAGGUGAGGAACCUCUGUCUAAGCAAGUGAGAGUGUCUGACCUGAGUUUUCAUAGUGUGGCAUGGAACACUUUUCACUGACCACUGGAGACAUUAGGUGGAAGGCUCUAACUUCAGUUGGUGUUAGCGAGGGGGUUUCCCAAUGAGGUAUCACUCUGCUGUACGCUGAAGUGUAGGUGAAUGUGAAAACAUAAGGUGGAAGGAGAGAUGUCUCCCUGCCUUAUCUAGGUUUGGGAAUCUUGGAAGACAAGGAUUUAACCUAGUAAUAUUUCUGUACCUUUCCUUAGAGGAUCAAAAGUUGUUUCUUAUUGCAUCUAAGGAUUAAAUUCCAGCUGGUUGGUUGCUACACUUCUGCAAGUAUAGCCCAGUACCUGUUUGGUCUCUUGCUACAAGACAAGUGUAAGUGUAAGAAAAGAGUCAAAAGAGAACUGAAAAUACUGUGGAUUGUAUUUGUAUGUCUGCAAACAUCAUGUCCCUCUCUUCCAAAGAGGAGUGCCUGCUUGGGUCUUGGGGCUUUCUGAACAGGAGGCAGUGCUUGAUGA